UUUUUGCGUCUGUCGCUCCUCGACACUGGACCUGCCCACCGACGAGUGGCUGUUCUCCCGCAGAUCAGAGUGAGAGAGGAAGAGGAAAAGAAGGAGGGAAAGAGAUAGAGAGAGAGAGCCAGAGCCAAAGAGAGAGACAGAGAGACAGAGAGAGAGAGAGAGCCGGGGGUGGACCGUUAAUUUCAUCCACUCACCGACGGGAGCGCGCGGAGAAGGGGGGAGCUGACACACCGCUGCGCCAACAUCACCUCGCCGAGGAACCGGGGGACGGAGCAGACCAGCCGAGCGCGUCUCUCUUCCAUCUACACACACGCACACACACACACGCAGACAUUAAGCUUCAUACACACACGCGCGUACUAUGGAUGAGUAUGACGAUGAUCAGAAGUACAUGCCCCAGGAGGACGACUGGGACCGGGAUCUCCUGCUGGAUCCUGCCUGGGAGAAGCAGCAGAGAAAGACGUUUACAGCUUGGUGUAACUCUCACCUGAGGAAAGCAGGCACGCAGAUCGAGAACAUCGAGGAGGACUUCAGGGACGGACUGAAACUCAUGCUGCUGCUCGAGGUCAUCUCAGGCGAACGCUUGGCCAAACCAGAGAGAGGCAAGAUGAGGGUCCACAAGAUCUCCAACGUGAAUAAAGCACUUGACUUCAUCGCCGGUAAAGGAGUGAAGCUGGUGUCUAUCGGUGCAGAGGAGAUCGUAGAUGGAAACGCUAAGAUGACCCUGGGAAUGAUCUGGACCAUAAUCCUCCGCUUUGCCAUCCAAGACAUUUCUGUGGAAGAGACAUCUGCCAAAGAAGGCCUCCUGUUGUGGUGCCAGAGGAAGACUGCACCCUACAAGAAUGUCAACAUCCAGAACUUCCACAUCAGCUGGAAAGACGGUUUGGGAUUCUGUGCACUCAUUCACCGACACCGUCCAGAGCUCAUCGACUACGGGAAACUGCGCAAGGACGACCCCAUGACCAACCUGAACACAGCGUUCGACGUGGCAGAGAAGUACCUGGACAUCCCCAAGAUGUUGGACGCAGAAGACAUUGUGGGCACUGCCCGUCCGGACGAGAAGGCGAUCAUGACCUACGUCUCUAGCUUCUACCACGCCUUCUCAGGCGCCCAGAAGGCGGAGACGGCGGCCAACAGGAUCUGCAAGGUGCUGGCCGUCAACCAAGAGAAUGAGCAGCUGAUGGAGGACUAUGAGAAGCUGGCCAGUGAUCUGCUGGAGUGGAUCCGUCGUACUAUUCCCUGGCUGGAGAACCGCUUGCCGGAGAACACCAUGCAGGCCAUGCAGCAGAAGCUGGAGGACUUCAGAGAUUACCGCCGCCAGCACAAGCCGCCCAAAGUGCAGGAGAAGUGCCAGCUGGAGAUCAACUUCAACACCCUGCAGACCAAGCUGAGGCUCAGCAACCGGCCCGCCUUCAUGCCCUCGGAGGGAAAGAUGGUCUCGGACAUUAACAAUGCGUGGGGGGGUCUGGAGGGAGCGGAGAAGGGAUAUGAGGAGUGGCUCCUCAACGAGAUUCGCCGGCUGGAAAGACUCGACCACCUGGCAGAGAAGUUCCGCCAGAAAGCAGCGAUCCACGAGGCUUGGACUGAAGGUAAGGAGGAGAUGCUGCAGAAGAGUGACUACGAGACGGCCUCUCUGUCGGAGAUCAAGGCCCUGCUGAAGAAACACGAGGCCUUCGAGAGCGACCUGGCUGCUCAUCAGGACCGCGUGGAGCAGAUCGCAGCCAUCGCACAGGAGUUAAAUGAGCUGGACUACUACGACUCCCCCAGUGUAAACGCUCGCUGCCAGCGGAUCUGUGACCAGUGGGACGCACUGGGAAAUCUGACCCAGACACGCAACGAGGCUUUGCAGAGAACUGAGAAGCUGCUUGAAACCAUAGACCAACUGUACCUUGAGUUUGCCAAAAGAGCGGCUCCAUUCAACAACUGGAUGGAGGGCGCCAUGGAGGACCUGCAGGACACCUUUAUCGUCCACACCAUCGAAGAAAUUCAGGGAUUGAGCUCGGCCCACGAGCAGUUCAAGGCCACGCUGCCGGAGGCGGACAAGGAGCGCCAGGCCAUCCUGGGCAUCCACAACGAGAUCGCCAAGAUCGUGCAGACCUAUCAUGUGAAUAUGGCCGGGACCAAUCCCUACACCACCAUCAACCCACUGGAGAUUAACGGCAAAUGGGACAAGGUCAGGCAGCUGGUGCCGCAGCGCGACCAGGCCCUGAUCGAGGAACACGCCCGACAGCAGAACAACGAGCGUCUGCGCAGACAGUUUGCAAACCAGGCCAAUGUCAUCGGGCCCUGGAUCCAGACCAAGAUGGAGGAAAUCGGCCGCAUCUCCAUCGAGAUGCACGGCACCCUGGAGGACCAGCUGACCAACCUCCGCCAGUACGAGAAGAGCAUCGUCAACUACAAGCCAAAGAUCGACCAGCUGGAGGGAGACCACCAGCUCAUCCAGGAGGCGCUCAUCUUCGACAACAAGCACACCAACUACACCAUGGAGCACAUCCGAGUGGGCUGGGAGCAGCUGCUCACCACCAUCGCCCGCACCAUCAACGAGAUCGAGAACCAGAUCUUGACGCGAGACGCCAAGGGCAUCAGCCAGGAGCAGCUGAACGAGUUCCGGGCGUCCUUCAACCACUUCGACAGGACUUCAUCCGCUACACGAAGCCGUUGAGGUGAGGAUUUCUCUUCCCGAGGUGUUGCUGGUUUUUAUCGAUCCUUUAACCAGACGAGUGUGCAGACGGAACAGUUUGUGUGUGAAAGGCAUCCGGCUGUGGGGUGACUUAAUGCUUGGUUGAAAAGGGAAUUAAAGUACAGGGACACGAGCAAGAAGAAUAAGAAAGGAAACAAGAAUCAGCGUCUAAAUGAAAGUCAAAUCUGCAAAACAGAGAAUCUGGUUUAAACACAGCCUCUUCCCACGGACGCCUGUUUCUACAAAACCUCCCGUCUUCGCUCUGCUCCGACCCCAGAACUCUGUGUGUACACUGGGGCUCACCGUGACAGGAGCAGCACCAAUUAUGGAUGAGUUUUUAUUUAGCUCACCCUCCUCCUCCUCCUCCUCCUCCUCCCCCCCUCCCCCCAGCUCUCCCCUGGGCGCCACCAUUACCUCAUACAUUCUUCCAGAGCUGCCGUAUUGUUAUUAAAUACCUGAGGAGGACGGUCUGGCCUUUAUUCUAAUAUUUCAUUAGGAUCAAGCCUCCACACGUCAAAGCUUCCUGGAGCAGUUUAGUGAUUAAUCGAUUGAUCCAGUGACAGAAACAGUGACAUGUGGAGAAUUUUAAACUGAUUCCAGCUUCUCAAACUGGAUUUAACACCAGAGAUCUUAAAACAAUUAAAUCUGAGCCUUAUCUCACAAUGUUGAAAAAUAAUUCCUGGAUCUGCAGCAAAAUUCAAGGUGUUCUUCCCUCGUCCAUUUCACUCUUUAAAGUUUCAUGCAAAUCUGUCGAGUAUUUUUGUGUAAUCUUCUCAAUCAAAGGGGUGACAACUGAAAUCUCCUUAGCAAAGUUAAAUACUGGAAAUUAGAAUCAUUAGCUGCUUCCCAGGCCAGUGUUUACACACUAUAUAUAUUAUAAUUAUUAUAUUAAUGUAUGAAACAAUAAGCUAGGAGUGCUUCUCAUCUGCGGUGAGCAAUGUGAGGCACUGAAGGAGGUGGUAAGUUCAAAAGCGUGUUUCAGCCAUCAAGGCCUCUAUCAGGGGAAGCACAGAGUGAUCUACAGAAUCUGAGUAUUAAGAUGUGAAUGUGUAUUUAAAAGUGUUUAAUGAAGCUCUGCCUGUACAGAGAAGGUAUUUGUACUCUGUGUUGUGAAGUACUCUGUGUCA